UUUUACAGUCUCUUUUCCCAUUCAAUUAAACAUCUGACGAGACACUCCAAGGAUUAAAUCCAGUUAGAAAACCUAUGACAGGCGGUUUAACCUGGACAUACUGAACACCGUGGUGGUUUGGACGUUAUACCAAUGGAUACUUAUACAGCAGCAUCAUUAUGCUCCCAUUAUACUAAUGAACAAAUGGAAACUGUACGACGCAGCGAGGUGUACAGUGAUCAUGGCAGCCACUAAGAGGAUGACAAUCACAUCGGACUGCAUCUACUCCACUGUCAACAGGGUAAAGAAGGGCUGUGCUGGUGAGAGAAGUGAGCUCCAUAUCACUUCAGUGGAAAACCAGAAAACCGGGCAGAGAAAGUGGGCACCAAAACUCCCUCUUACCCCAAUAGACAACCUGAACAACCAGAAGACAGAAUCACCCAUGAUGGCUCACAGGAGGCCGAGCUUUGACCGUCACACCAAUGAGAACACUCUCCUGGUCGGCAACAAGCUCCCCAGAUCCAAUGGAGGCAACAUCAAAGACAAGAUUUCUCUGUGGGAGGGUAAGGAACCCACUCAUUCAGCCAUUACCUCAGGUUCUUUGGGCCAGUGCGCCAGCAUAAAAAGGACAGAAUCUCUGACAAAAAAGGGGAAAAUUUCAGAGGAGCAGAGUGCAGAGAGCUGCAGGAGAGUAGCUCAUGACGAAAAGGAAAAUCUCAGGAAAGAGAAUGUAGGAAAACUUGGGAAUUCAAGGCCUUGUUCACCUGUUGGAACUGGGAAACAGCAAAGAGGGAUGUUCAAGAACAGCAAGCCCAGUGAGAACCAAAAAGAGGAGGACUGUGGCAGAGUUGUUCCCAAAGAAAAGCAAAAUGAGAAAGAAAAUGUAGGAAAGCUUGGAGAUUCAAGACCCUGUUCGCCUGCAGCAGGAGUGCAGCAGCAGGUGGGGACACUGAGGAAAAGCAAUGAAAAGAGAACAGGGGAGCAAUCCAGCCAGGAGAAGAGAGCUGUAUUCAACCUUUUUAAAAACCUGGAGGCUAUGGGGGAGAACCACGGGAAAACUCCUCCAGAGCUUGGAAACUACUUCAGCCCACCUAGCAAAGACAAACAGGUAGUUAUGGGUCAAAGUAGUGAAGCGAAUGGAAAGCAGCACCUGGAGAAUGUGUACACAGAGCCCGGGGCGCCCCCCAUCAACCCAGUCCCCAAACCUCAACGUACUUUUCAGCAUCCAACUACCGGCCUGACUGGGAAGAGUCAGAGGCAGGGGAGAGAGCAGAGGAACUUGCCCCCACUGCCCUACAACUCUCUGAAAACUUUAUCCAAACCACCUUCGGGUGUCUACGGGAGAUCGAAGGGUGAAAGAGUCAGAGACAACAUCAACAGGAAAUCCUUUGAGCUUGAAGACCUCGCAGGGUCAACUAGCCAGCUCUUCUCUCGCUCACUGUCUCAGGAACAUCACUAUGAAGACAUCCUAGACUCAUCCAAGGAGAACCCAUAUGAGGACAUAGAGUUGGAGAGUCAAUGCUCCCAGCAGUCUUUGCCCUCCUCUCCUGGUGCUGAUACUACCAAGAUCUCAAGGCCCGGCUUCUUCAGGCAGAAUUCAGGCAGGAGCUUUAAGCUGCUGGACCUGCGGAGAACCAAUCAGUCGCCCCACAGCACAAGCAGCGGUGGUGUGUCAUCUCCACCCCAGCUCAGCCCUCCUUCUACUCCCGGUGGGCCUGAACACACAUCAUGGCUGCCCGGGGAUCCCUACAGCCGCACCAGCCGCAGGAUACCAACGGUUGUACUGAGAAUCAACAGCAUCUUCGAGGCUCGGAUCGGAAAGAAACACCUAAGAAGGAUCUAUCAUUAUGCUGAGACAAGCUCAGGGAGAGUGACAGAUGAAAACAGUGACUCUGAGAGUGAAGUUGAAGAAAGAGCAAAAGCUCAUCGUCAGCGUCUGGUGUCAGUCCAGUCCAUACUGAGCCAGCCCAACCAGGCCCACUACAACGGUACCAAUACCAGAAAUGGCUCUCUGGAAAAGGACCUCCACCAGCGUCUUCUCUUUGAAUAUUUUCUGGUUGUGUCACUGCAGAAGUCAAAGACUGGUGCCCACUAUCUGCCGGAGGUCACACAGCAGUUUCCCCUGAAGCUUGAGAGGAGCUUUAAGUUCAUGAGGGAGACGGAGGAUCAGCUGAGGAUCAUUCCUCAGUUCUGUUUCCCUGAUGCAACAGACUGGGAGCCAGUGGAGAACUACCCAAGUGAGAUGUUCUCCUUUGUUUUGACUGGAGAGGAUGGGAGCAGGAGGUUCGGAUACUGUCGACGUUUACUGCCCAGUGGAAAAGGUAAACGUCUACCAGAGGUCUACUGUAUCGUCAGUCACCUUGGAUGUUUCAACCUGUUCUCCAAGGUGCUGGAUGAGGUGGAGAGGCGGAGGGCUUUGUCUCCGGCACUCGUGCAGCCUUUUAUGAGAGCCAUCAUGGAGGCUCAGUUUCCAGCUCCGGGCAGAACCAUCACUAUUAAAACGUUCCUCCCUGGCUCAGGCACUGAGGUGAUGGAGCUCUGUCGGCCCUCUGACUCUCGCUUGGAGCACGUGGACUUUGAGUGUCUGUUCUCCUGUCUGAGUCUGCGCCUGCUCCUCCGGGUGCUGGGGUCUCUGCUGCUGGAACGAAGGGUCAUCUUCACUGCUGACAAACUCAGUACUCUCUCCCAGUGCUGCCACGCUGUUGUGGCGCUGCUUUACCCCUUCGUGUGGCAGCACACUUACAUCCCCGUGCUUCCCUCGGCCAUGCUCGACAUCGUCUGCACUCCGACCCCGUUCCUGGUUGGCCUGCUGUCCAGCUCCCUGCCCCAGCUCACCGAGCUGCCGCUGGAAGAGGUUCUGGUUGUGGAUCUUGGAAACAGUCGAUUUCUCAGACAGUUGGAUGAUGAGGACUCCAUCCUGCCUUCUAAGCUCCAGUCAGCCCUGGAGAAUGUUCUGGAGAGGAGGAGAGAGCUGGCUAAUGAGAGAGGAGGAGACACACCCGGCGAUUCUGGCCAUCUUAGCACCGUUGUGUCUGAGGCCUUUGUUCGUUUCUUCGUGGAGCUGGUAGGCCACUAUCCACUUUUCAUAACUGGUGAACGGGAAGACGGCUACUCCUCUUCAUCCUCCUCCCCGGUCCCCUGCUCCUUCCAGCGCGAGGGUUUCCGUAAAGCGAUCCCUUCUAAGACUGUGCGCCGCUUCCUGGAGGUCUUCAUGGAGACCCAGAUGUUCGGCUGGUUCAUCCAGGAGAGAGAGCUCCACAGGCAGGCUCUGAGAGGACUGUUUGAAGUGAGGGUGCAGGAAUACCUAGACUCCAUCCACGAAAAUGAACACCGGAGGGUUAAUAGGUUUCUCAAAGGCUUGGGAAACAGAAUGAAAUUGCCACUACAAUUUCACAAGACACAAACUAAAAAGAAGCACUAAAACAAGGGAAGACUUCAGGGACUGCAGACAUCCAACAGAAGAACCUUAAACCUGUAUUCAUUCUAAUGACCAGCAGGGGGCGACUCAGCUGGCUGCAAAAUGAAGUCCGAUUGUAUAUAAGGAUAUUACCCUAUUUCUCACUUGAUUUAUUACCUCAGCAAACAUUUUCAAGUUGCUAGUUUCAAGUCUUCUUCAAUACAGCAUGAUGGUUAUUUUGAGAGUAAAAAUAGAUAAUAAGGCUGGGUAUGCUUUUGCGCUUGCGAUUGACAAGAAUAUACCAUGGUGACAAAAUGCCACAAUAGAUGGAUGAGGCUUGAUGAUAAUCCUAGAUUUUCAAAAUUCUCACAAGAUUGUUGAGAAAAGGCAUUGAACUUGAAUGCUUAGGGUUAUGAGAGGUUGGCAUACAGCGAGUCUCACAUGAGUUUUGACAAUUCUAUUGUUACCAUCUAGACAUAACCAUGACAGACACAGAGGAGCUGUUGGUAAGUGAUUACAAAUUCUUACUUCAAAGGAAAAUCCUGCUGUAUUUCACAUAAACAUGGAAACUUCGGGCUGUGAACCCACAUCAAUAGCCUAUUUAAGAAGUUGGUUGGUCUUUUAAAUUAUAUUCUUGAGGCAACAAUCUUCAGAGCACAAUGAACACAAUGUAUAAAGAUAGAAAUGGUCUUAAAUAGAUAAGUUGUAAAUGUAAAUACUUCUACGGGGCACAAUGAGUCAGUUAAUGGUUUGAUCAGUAUGACAAUAAGGUACAUAGUAUGGUGGUCACCCUGUGUAUGCACUGUAACUUGACUUGACAUAGUAUUCUCUGAAUCCACUAGGGGGCAGUAGUAUAUUUACUCUGGUUAGAUGAUCUUGACACUGUCAGUGACUGACCAGAAAAUGACACAAACCUACUCUUCCAGUCUGUCAUGCUCCAAUUUUCUGAAAACAGUGACAACAUCACAAGUAAAUAAAU